GGCCGGUUGGUUACGUUUACCGGCUAAAUGUGUGAUCACAAUAAAUGUGACCCGUCUACCUUAGAUGUAUAAUAAUAAUAAUUAUUAUCACAGUCUGUAACAGAGAUGAAUUUCACAUUGAAUGACUGGUAAUUGUUCUACACCAGUUCUACAGUUCAGAAGGUUACUUACUACUCAUUCACUACACGAGAUAAAGAACCAAUUGGAAGUUAAUUCAUUUAUUAGCUGCUUUUAUUUAUUUAUUUAAUUAUUUAUUUGAUUAAUUAUUUAAUUAAUUAAUUAUUUACCAUAAACGAACAUGUUUUGUGACACAACCAGAAAGUAGAAAGAUUAUGAUCAAUUAGUCAGUUGUUCAAUGUUCAAUUAUGACAGGGGAUCAUAAUCCACUAACUGCGAUACAUCACUGUAAUUUUAAUGCUUUGUUUCAAUGCUUUCAUGUCUAUGUUUCACAGAGAGAAUUCAGCUUCAGCAUCUGUUUUACAUUUCGUGAAUAGAAAAAAGAAAUAUAACACUGGUUCUAUGCAGAGUAUAAUAAUUCACGCAUAAAUACCUAUCUAAAAUAAACUAACGAUAAUAAUUCUACUUCUAAUGCCUACACUUAGUAAAUUAGCCAUUCUCAGUGUCUACACAGCGUCUACACGUCGUCUUGCAAACAAUUUCCAUCAAUCAAGUAGACAACUCAGGUCAUUAAAAGAAUAUUGUUUCCGUCAAUUACCGAACAGAAAAUAUUUUUCACACUAAAACUCAGGAAAUAUUUUUUAUUCACACACACACACAGAUCAGUCCAAAUAUAUAAUCACUGCUGCUCAAAAGUAUAAAUUGAAUAGCCUUCUUGAAGUAUUUUAGUAAGUGAUUACACACAUAUCAAAGAUCCAAUAAAUUUAUUUACACGUACACAUAGAUAUAUUGGAAGCGGACCUGGUAUUAUCUAUCAGCUCAGCACAGUUUUCGUCAUCAUCUACGAAUGUCUUGUACACAUUCACAAAACUAUGAAAUGUUAUUGUCACCCUUGUCGCCUUCAUCAAUAAAUAGCAAAGUGUCGACAUCAAGACAAAAAAUAGUAACAAUGACAUAUCCUUCAUUCGAAUGGUGGUGUAUUCCAAGUUGUUUUCCUGUAUCGCUGAAGUUCAAUUAUCUUCCUAGACAACUAUUAUUACUACUUUUCACUGUAACCUCAUGUAUAUUGAUCCCUUGUACUUGUCAGUUGCAUCAAGUACAUCAGUGUACAGAGUCAAAAAGCCUACAACUAGUGAACACCAGUGAACACUAUUCAAACUUAUCCUCGUAUGUAACCAAUGAGCGCUUUUGUGUGAGUAAUGCAAUUAAACCAGGGUAUUCUACAAUGGAUAAUGUUUCCGCUAUUCAUGCUUUGAAGGAUAUUCACCCUCAGAUUCAAAGCAUUCAUAAUGAUCACAUAGUGCAUCGAAGUAUGAGCAAUCUCAGUCAUCCGUGUUUUGCUGAACUUGACAGUCCGAUGUCUUUUGAUUACUUAAGUUGUAAACGACUCGAAAUAAAAAUGCAGAGGACUGAUUAUUGUAGUAAAUAUAGGUGGAGCACACCAAUCAGUUAUUAUACUGAAAUGGUAAAAUCUCUACGGAGCGCUUCAUAUCCACAAGAGAAUCAGACAGAAGGUAGACAUGAAAUCCUGUGUGAGAAUUACAACGGAUUGUCUCACGAACAAUGUAAAGAUGUGUUCAUUGAAGAUCAAGGAGAGAACAUAAUUCGUUCUAUUGAAAAGACAAGUUUUGAUCAAUUGGAUCAGUUAAAAGUUGCCUAUCCAUCUUACCAACCGUCUCAAAAUCCAUACGAACCAGCUCCAAUGAUGCUUACAUCCCAUAUUAAGUAUCGAAUGAACAAUUCCAGGUAUUUUUCAGGUAAACAUUCCAGAAUAUACGUGAAGACACCAUCUCCUGUUAACAUGCAUAUAAAAAAUAGAACCAAAAAUACUUUUAAUUUAUACGGACAUAGUCAUACACUACGCAUGGAUCAAAAACGUAUCCUUGUAGUCGAUCAUCAUCCCUCAGCACUGGUAACUGCAUCAAAACCAGUGUCUGUAUCAGGAUCAAUCUAUGAAAUGUCACGGUCGUCAUCAGAUGAAUUAUCAUCACUACCUGGUGUUGAUAAACAAGCCGAUGAAGAUGAAAAUAAGAAUCCAAUAUUAAGUUUUGAAUAUGUAGAACCACAUACAGUCGAUUUACUUGUAGUAGUAACAGAAAGAAUGAAAAAACACUAUGGUUCAAUUAUCAAGGAUUAUUUAUUAUCUACCAUGACAACGGUCUCAACGCUAUUACGACAUCCGAGUUUGAAAACUUCAAUUCAGCUAAGCAUUGUUGAUAUUAUAUUGUUGGACCCUAAUUAUGCGCGCAGACAUAAUCUUGAAGACUGGUUGAACAGUAAACAGGAACAAGUUAUGGCCACAUUCUGUAAAUGGGUCAAUCGACUAAGACGUCCAAACUUUACUUGGGAUUCAGCUAUUUUAUUAAAUGUCGGGCAUUUCAAAUCAACUGCACUGGGAGUAGCACAUUAUCGAUCAAUGUGUAAUCCAGAUAGCUCUUGUCUAGCAGUGCUUGAUCGUGGAUUUGGAACAGGACAUAUCAUAGCACAUGAACUAGGCCAUCAACUGGGUGCUAAACACGAUUUCGAGUUAAACUCAGAUUGUGGAUUAGAAGAACGAAAUCGAAAUAUGGAAACACCGUGGACUAGUACACAUGAAUUGAAGCUGGGCACUUAUCCAUAUCAUCAAGCUGGAGAUGGUUGGGACUACAGAGAGAGUUACUGGAAUCCAGAUGUUCAUCAAUAUGAAUUUAUUAAAAGAGACACAAUAAUGUCUGGUACGCUGUACUUUGACAACUUCCCUUUAAGAUGGUCUGCGUGUAGUCGUCAAGCGAUACAUACAUUUAUAGAGUCAAAUGCAGCAAAUUGUCUAAGACGCCCAAAUACAGAAACAGUGUUAUAUUCUGCAGAAAAAUUAGCCAGUCAAUAUGUUGAAAAUCGUCCAGGACGUGUAUUCUCAUUAAAUCGACAAUGUGAAUUUGUAUUGAAAAUUAAGGGAACACAAUUUUGUGGUCAAAUGUUACCAGUUUGCCGUCAACUUUACUGUCAAGACAGUGAGCACAAGUCAUGUUUGCCUAUGGAAGCAGCUUGGGCUGAAGGAACACCAUGUGGACAUAAUAAGUGGUGUAUUCAAGGGCAGUGCAUACCUACUAACGAGAAUCCAACUCCACUACACGGAGGUUGGGGUGAAUGGGGUUCAUGGUCAGCGUGUUCACGUAGUUGUGGCGGAGGAGUGCAAUAUUCUGAAAGAGAAUGCAAUAAUCCAGAACCACAAUAUGGAGGAGACUUUUGUCAUGGAACUAGAACUAGAAUGAGAUCAUGUGGAACUGAGAUGUGUGAGAAGGAAGUGAAUAUUCGCCAGACAUUAUGCGAUCAAAUUGACGGACCAUAUAAAGGACAACUGAGGGCAUAUUUUCCUAAACUCGGUGAGCCUACAUCAUGCAAUCUAAUCUGUCUGUACAAUUCACAUUCUGUUCCGCAUAGUUUUACCUUGCCAGACGGUACCCCAUGUUAUUCUCAAAGAGAUGAUAUUUGCAUUAAGGGGAAAUGUUGGGAAACAGGUUGUGAUGGUAUCCUUGGCUCUCGACUACGUUUUGAUCGUUGUCGAGUUUGUGGUGGGGAUAACAGUACCUGUGAAGAAAUUAAAGGUGUUUUCAACGGGAAUGCAAUGACUUCACCUGGUGUACAUCUACGUGGCUUAAUCACAGCUGUUCGUAUUCCUAGGGGAGUUACAAAUGCAUUCGUCAGAAAAGUUUCCGAUCGAAGUACUCCAUACUCUUCAGAUUCAUAUGAUGAUUUCAUGUUGCUGAUAUUUGAAGAAUUGAAGACUCAAAUACGCAGGGGUGAAACACGAGAACCAUUUGCAGGCGCUGAACUCUACUAUAGUGGAAGUCGAAGCCGUGAAGAAAUUGUCUCUAUUACUGGAAGACUGAAUAAAGAUGUAAAUAUUGUUAUUCGUGUAGAAAAUACGCAUACAACACAAUCCUUCCCGACAGUAGAAUACAGUUAUUUUGUCGACAAAUCUCAACAAAAUAAUUCAUUAUACUUUGUUGCUGAAAAAGAAGCUCAGUUGGCUGCAGAAAGAGUAAAUCGUCGUACUGGAAGAUCUCAGAAUGCUUUUUCAUCAUUUGAAGAAUCGGAAAGAUUAACACCUAUGCAGAACACUGUUACAAGUGAAGUGGAGCGUGAUAAAGCCCAACAAGAGAAACCACAAAUAUACUUUGUUUGGAGGAUUACUGAACUACCAGUUGGUUGUACCAGUUGUGCAGGGAAUGUUACCACGCAUGCAGAAUGCUAUCCAUUGGUCCCUAAAGAGUCAGAUCAGAGUCGAUUCUCAGAGUUUGAUCUGUUCACACCAGUAGCUGAUUACCUGUGUUCAUCUGUACCGAGGCCUCCACCAGUUCUUAGACGAUGUUCUGACUAUUGUGGUGUUCGAUGGACAGCUAAACCAGCCCCGAUAGCAAAGUCAUCAAAUGAUGCCUAUGAAAUGCAAACAGGUAGCUGUUCAGCACGAUGUGGUGAAGGUCGCCAAGCUGUUAUCCAUGUCUGUGAAGAAUAUAUCGUACCUGCAGGAGAAAAAGAUAAAUCAAAGGGAACUUGGAGAGUUGCUCAACUAGGCGAAUUUGUAUGCCAGAAAGCUGGAUUGGGAAGUGCUCCAUCACAACCAGCGUAUAUUGCCUGUCAGGGUUCAUGUUAUCCGGUAUAUUGGAUACUGUCGAAUUGGACAAAAUGCACAAACUCUUGUGGUAAUGGAAAACGCAAACGAUCUCUUCACUGUCAAGAUCAAAUAGGCCAAAAUUGGCCGCUUAGUGAAUGUUUAACGCACAGUGAAUCUGAGUUGAAACAUUCAAAAGCUCCACGACAUGCUAUCACUACAAAAUCAGCAAUAAAAAUGAUUGAAGAAUACCAAGAGAAAUCACCUUCUGCUUCUGCUGAGUAUAAUUUAUUCAUUGAAGAAUCUAUCGACUGCUUCUCUUUAACCGAUUGUCGAAAUGAUAUAGUCUGGUUUACAAGUCAAUGGUCAGAAUGUGAACCGUUAGAUGAGAAAAUGAAAUCUUCAUGUCGAUUGAUUGAUAGUGAUGCUGAUCAAAAGAGUGCAGUGAAUAAAAUAAUCGGUGUCCACUAUCGUAAUGUCUCGUGUAUUAUUCUCAACAGUAAUGAAAAUUAUCAUCCAUCUCUGAAUCAGUAUAUAGAAUCGGAACAAUUAACAUCAGAAUAUGUGAUCCAGGGGAAGAGGUUAAAUAUGGAAUUUUGUCGUAAAGCAAGUAUACUCGGAGAGUUGAUCGAGGAGCCUAUUGAUCGUGAAGCAUGUAGCCAGCCUGUCUGCUAUAGAUGGGGACUUGGACAGAUGACGUCUUGCUCUGUCACCUGUGGAACAGGAAUUCAACAUAUUAAAAUACCAUGUGAACGUAUCCAAUUAAAAUAUGAAACUGAUAAUCCAAUUGAUAGGCAGAUUGUACUCGACGGAAUCGACACUGUCAGUAGUCAAAAAUGCUUACAAAGUCUUCAGUAUAUUCCACGAUUAUCAGUUGACAAGAUGAAUAGUACUGUUUAUGUGGAAACUAUUGAAAGACAAAUACUCGACAAGCAUGCUGUACCUUUGAAGAUAGAGGAUAUAAAUGAGCCUAUUGUAUUACCGUGUGAAAAAGAUCCAUGCAAUUUACGUGUUCCGGCUUGGAGAACAACAUCAUGGAGUUCGUGUUCUACCUCUUGUGGACUAGGCGUUAAACACCGACAAGUGAUGUGUGUCUUGGAGACUGUAGACAACAGGCUGAAGAGAGUUUUUUCUAAACAAAAUUCAGAAGCCUACACCUCGAUAUUUAUAGCAAGUCGAUCAGAUGUGGAAAUAGUUGAUGCACAAAAAUGUUAUGCUGCAUCAUUGCCUAAACCAAUAGAAGAAGAAACAUGUCUUCAAGCUCCAUGCCCUAUAUGGAUUACAGGAGAUUGGCAAGAGUGUGAUGGAGUCUGUGAAUAUGGGAUACAACGUAGACAAGUUCGUUGUGUCAUAGAGCUGGGAUCCUCGAAAAAGUCGAGUAAUAAUUCAUCCAAUGUGGAGACAGAUGAUGCACUACGCCUGUUAUUAAGUAAUCCUGAUUCGUCAGGACUUAUUAGGCGUUCACGUUCAGCAAAAAUAAUGGAUGUUGAUCAAGAGCGUUGUCGGAAUGCUGGCGUUAAACCGAUUUCUGAACGGCCAUGUUUAAUCACUGACAGAUGUCCUUAUUGGUAUAAAAGUGAAUGGUCAGAGUGUUCAGUUACAUGUGGAAUGGGUACGAGAACGCGUCAGGUUGAUUGUCGUUUUCCAAACGGAACACAAGUUGUUAUGGAACCUCUGGCUGACAGUCAGACAGAGUCAAAAGACAUGAACAAAUUGUCUAAUGAUUCUUUUCUACAAACUAUGGAAACUAUUCGAGAGAUAAAUAAAGCAAGCUAUAAGUGUCCUACACCACGUCCUAUUGAUAAUAUUGCUUGUAAAACACGUCCGUGUAAAAGACGUGAAGUCUUCUGGUGGUCUGUCACUUCAUCUGAGUGUCGUGUUAAUGGUUGUGAACUUGGUAAACGUGAACGCAUUAUCAAGUGUAUAAAUCCAAGACGUGGUCCAGUUCACGAUUCAGUGUGUAGUCAUUUAAAUAAACCCUUAAACUGGACUCUUUGUCAACUGUUCAAAUGCAAAACUUUUGAAUGGGUAACAGGACCUUGGAGUACAUGUCCAGAAACAUGCGGGUCACGAAUGAGAUAUCGUCAAGUGAAAUGUGUUGACGAUUUAGGCAACGAGUAUUCAGAAUCUUUGUGUCCACAAAAUCUGCGUCCUAACAGUUGGAGUAUUUGUCCAAAUUUAUGCUCAGAUGUACCGAAAAGUUGUCGGGAAUUGAAACAUCGUUAUCCUUCAGCAGAUGAUGGUACAUAUCACUUAUUAAUUGAAUAUUCAUUAGUUUAUAUUUACUGUGCAGACAUGGAGACAGACAAUCCCUCAGAAUACAUCACUUUACGUCAGAUCAAUUAUGCUGGAUCAUCAGAAUUUUUACAGCCCUAUCCCGCUACUAACUGGUGUCCUAUAUUCAAUGAAACAAUAUCCACGUUUAAUACCUCUGAAAAUAUCAAUCAAUUCCAAUCAAAUAUUGAUACAAUACAAGAAAUGCCUGAAAAUUUAUUCACCGAUAUGCAAGUGAAUGUUAUCAACUGUCCAAAUUGUCCUACUGUGCCAAAUUUAGCAUCAAAAACAUUUUAUCAUAAAAUACGUUUAGAUAUAUACAAUUUAGAAAUAAAGAUUGAUGAUACUCGAUUUUCACACACUGCUGGUUCAUCAAUAAUACCAUAUGCAACUGCAAAGGAUUGUUUCUCGUCAGCUGUCUGUCCUCAGGGACAAUUUCAAAUUGAUUUGAGAGGUACUGGUUUUCAUGUGAGCGUUAAAACACACUGGAGUGUGGGCAGGAACACGGAUGGGAUAUCACACAUUUUCCGGUCACACAAUGGUCAGGUAAUACGUGGUCAUUGUGGUGGAAAGUGUACAGGCUGUUGGCCUCGACAAGGACUGUUUCUUGACCUGCUAACAGAUCAAAUGUCAAAUCGAUAAGUCAGAUCAAUGAAAACACCUUGAGGCUUUGAAAAUCCAGCUCUAAAAUAUAAAUAAAUAUUUUGUAUAAGACAAUAAAAAGCAACAACAAUUAUUACUACUGAAAAAUAGAUAUAUAUUCAGUAAUAAACACGGCAGCUGUGAAAUUUUUUUGGAAAUCAGACCACAUAUAAAUUGCAAAUGAAACUUAAUUAAUAAAGUGGAAUUAAAUCGAUUUUGUGUGUGUAUAUAUGCUACAUAAUGUAGAUGUGUGUGUGUGCGUGUCUGUACUUUCUAAUAACAAACUAUUUAUCUACCUAUCUAUCUAUCUAUCCUACUGUGUGUUUUAAUCUCGUCUCAUCAACCGUAUUUAUUCAAGAAGCAACACACUUUACUUGAAUUAAAUAUGACGACGUAAAAUCAAUAAAAUACAAAACAAAACCAUAUUAUAGGAUUCUUCUCAUACAAACAUUUGUUCGGCUGGGAAUAGUCAUCUUCUCUAUUCUCAAAUUAUUAUUACUAUUAUUAUAAUUGUUAUUAUAAUUCUUAUUGUGUAUGAAUUUUAAUCGAUGGGAAUUUCUAUAACAGAUAGAAAAACAAAACAACUUCAAAAUCCCCGCCCCACCCCACCUAUUUACUUAUUUUAACUACCUCUUUUUAAACAGUAUUGAAAUUUGAACAAAUUCUUAACAUGUUCAAUAAAUUUUGUCCAACAUUAUAUAUAUGCGAUAAUACACCCCUAACAUUGAUGGUAUGAAUAGGAGAGAAAAUAUUCGUAUCACACAAUCAAUCGAUUAACGUCUAUUUUAAAUAACCCUGCUAAACGCAAUCACGUUUCCAUAGUGACGAGUAAGUAAGUUUAAAGUUAAUGCAUUAAAACAAUGUCAGUAUGCGAAGUAUCAACAUAAGUGUAAAUAUUACAUUCCAAACCAAUAAUGCAUUGAUCCUCCUGAAUACAUUUACCCCUAUCCUUCAGUAUUUAAUAUUUCUAAAAAAAAGGAGUGUUGAACACAGUCUCUCGUACACCAACAAUCAUAUGAAUACUUUGGAAAUGAUGAACAGUGGUUUGGCUAGGAGUAUUAUUAUAUAUGAAAACAUUAAAAUAUUUUGCAUUGAAUCUGUUCAAUGUUAGCUAUUUGAUCUCGAAAAUCUUGUUAUUUAUGUAAGAGACAAGUAAAAAUAAAAAUCAACUGCAUUACAAAAAGCGAGGAGACUAAUGUGCAUGAGUGUAUGUUCGCACAAGCACUCCAAUGUCCUGUCAUUGCCUAAUCACACGAUGAUUUUUACCAUCAUUAUUCCUGUUGAACGUUAUCUCCAUUCAUAUUAUCAUAUUAUGAUUACACUUGGACAUGUAUGAGAGAAGAUAUAACCGCAAUAAAAAGCCAUUUCCAACUAGGAAUCUUUUGUUGAUUUUGUUUUACCUUUAAGUUUUCUUUUCUAAAAAUAACUUGUCCUAGGAAUAUUUACUUUCUACAGGAGAAUAUUUUUAGUUUUUAACACUGAAAUGAAUACAUGACAGUGUCAGUCAGCCAAUCAAUCAAUAAAUCAAUCAGACAGUCCGCAGUGAACACAUACAUAUAGACAUACAUACAUUUAAAGGAUUUCAGUUUUCAGGUAUUCUCACAUACACACACACACACAUUGUGAUUUCUUAUCAUCAAAACAGUUGAUCUUUUUUUCGUAUAUAUCUGUGUGAGUGGGUGUGUGUAUUAAAUAUGUCUUGAUACCACCGCCUAUUGAAAAAUACUAAUUUUAUUUGAUAUAUAUACACCUAUAUUAUGUCUGUGUGCAUAUUACAGUGUAUUAUAUACACGUUAAUUAAAAUACAAAUGGUUGACAAAGUUCAAUUUCUUUUUUUAAUUAUUCCCUUGAGUUCCGAGUGCAACAAAGAGGGGGUGGGGGGUGGGGCGGUGGAGUGUCAACAACACAUCUCCGCUUUCUUUCUUCUAUGCUCUACUGUCCUCUUCAGCUGGGUUUACACUUGAUCAUAAUCUCUCAUCUCCUCAUCGCACGAUCUUCUGUACAUCACCACCCUCACGAU